CCCUAGCUUCUUUCUUUGUUGCUUUCUCUCCUCUAUCUGAAGCUCGCCCACACACUACUCUUUCUCUCUCUCUACCAUGUUGAUGUGAUUCUCUCCCCAUCUCCCAAAACCCACCACCAUCAAACCUUUACAAAAAGAGAAAGCACCAAGAGAGAACCAUGGUUUUUACUUCCAUACCAGUAGCUUAUCUUGAUGCAGCCAACUGGCACCAACAGCAACCAAAUCAUCAACCUGGAAACAACAAUUCCACCUCUCAGCAGCGGCUUCCUCCACCGCCUCCACCUCCACCACCACCCCAUGGAGCCGGUGGCACCGGCUCAAUCAGGUGGGAAUGGAUAGCAGAGAGAGCAAGGAUGGCCAACAGGCCUAAGCCGGAGACUGCACUGAAAUGCCCACGUUGCCAUUCCACCAACACAAAAUUCUGCUAUUAUAACAAUUACAGCUUCUCUCAGCCACGCUACAUAUGCAAGGCCUGCAGUAGGUACUGGACCAGCGGGGGCACCUUGAGAGACGUCCCCGUCGGCGGCGGCUACCGGAAGAACAAGAGAGGCAAAGUAGGCAGCAGCAGCAGCACCAUGAAGUCCCCGGCGAGCUCUGACCGCCAAACGGGGAGUACUAGUUUUAACAAGUCUGUGUCCUCCACCGGUGGCGGCCAUGCUGAAGGCCUCUCUCCCCAGGUGCCACAAGUGAUGUUCAUGGCUCCGUUGCAUCAUCAAUUCUCGGAGUUUGGAAGUGGAGAUAUGAUGGGGUUAAACUAUGGCCUCAGGUAUUGCCCCAUUUCCGGUCCAAUGGGAGGAGGAAUAGGGGACCUUGGUUUCCAGAUAGGAAGUGGUUUAGGUGGUGGUGGCGGCAACCAUGGUGGCGGGGGUGGUGUGCCACAAAUGCAGCAAUUCCCUUUCUUGGCUGGUUUGGAAGGUUCACUGGUUGGUUUGUACCACCACCCUUUUGAAGGCAGUGUUCAUCAUCAUGAGGUAAUUGGAUAUGGUUCCGGUGGUGGUCAUGGGGUGAGCCAUUUGAGGCCAAAGGUUUCAACUUCUGGGUUGAUGACUCAAUUUGCUUCAGUGAAAAUGGAAGGUAGUAGAGAACUUAAUAAUUUGUCAAGCCCCUUCUUGGGGACCAAUAAUAUUAAUCCCCCAAGUGAACAAUAUUGGAGCGGUACUAAUUCUGCAGAUUGGACUGAUAUUAUUGGUUUUAGCUCUUCUUCUACAACUAGCAACCAAAUGUAGAGUUUUUCAGAUUCUGUGAAGCUUCAGCUGGUACUUUUGAUUAGUAUGGCUUUCAUUAACCUAGCUAAGACAUGAAUUCUUAUCCAACUCCUAUGAAGUGCUUUGAGAUGAAUGGUUAUGUAUGAUGAGUGCUUUUUUUAAGUUUUCGUGUAUAUAUAUCUUCAUGACUCACUUGCUAGUCAAAUUGAGCUAUGGGGAAGAGUAAAUUAAGCGACUUUGUGUUAGCAAUAAAAUAAGGUUGUGUCUUUC